GCGUGCGCGUAUUGACGUCACUAAUUUGGGCGUGUUGGUCUUGGUACAAUGUUCAAUGACUAAAGCGAAGGUUAUGUUCAUGGUUUCCUAUCCGGUAAUGUACAACAUUACUUCCGGUGGGAUUAGGUAAUCAGUGAGUGGGAUGGAGGUUUAACUUGUUUUCGUAGUGUUUUGUUGGUGAAGAUGGCAUUGAGUGGUUUUGUGGAGUUCUUCCAGAAAGGAAAGGCAGUGGCAUGCGGUGGUCAUGCAGAAAGGACAUUUCGUCCAAAGAAGCGAUUUGAACCUGGAACAUUGAGGUAUUCAUUACACAAACAGGCACAGGCAUCCCUGAAUUCAGGUAUCAACCUUCGUUCUGUUGUGCAGUUACCUCAAGGAGAAGACUCAAAUGACUGGAUUGCAGUUCAUGUUGUGGACUUCUUCAAUCGUAUCAACCUUAUAUAUGGAACAGUAUCAGAGUACUGUACAACCACAUCAUGUCCUACAAUGUCAGGUGGACCAAAGUUUGAAUAUCUGUGGGCUGAUGGUGGGAAGUAUAAGAAACCAACUCCCCUGCCAGCUCCUCAGUAUGUUGCCCUGCUUAUGGACUGGGUUGAAGCUCAAAUAAAUAAUGAAACACUGUUUCCCGUUUCCACAGAUGUGCCUUUCCCAAAAUCAUUCACUUCAUUGUGUCGAAAGAUUUUAACACGAUUAUUCCGAGUGUUUGUCCAUGUUUAUAUCCACCACUUUGAUCGGAUUGUGGCUAUUGGAGCGGAGCCACAUGUCAACACGUGUUACAAACACUUCUAUUACUUUGUCCGUGAGUUUGACUUAGUCAGCAGCAAGGAACUUGAACCAUUGAAGGAAAUGACAUCACAUGUAUGUCGAGAUUAUAGCGAUUCUCCUGCAACAUCAAGUUGACUGUCAACAACACGACAGCAAGCAUGAAGGCACAGAACUAUUCCAUGGUAGGAUUCAUCAUCCAUUUACAUUUGUGUGUCUAUCCUGUUUAUGAUAUGUCUCGAAUUUGAGUUGUUUUAUCAUGAAAGAAAUUUUCUGUUUGUAUAUGACAUGAUAUAAGUGCAUAACAGAAUAUUAAAACUCAUUUGUACUGUGUUUAGUAAUUACCUGAAUCAUUGUUUUAAACUGUGGAUGAAAUAUGUCUUGCUGGGAAUUGGAAAUCAUAGGAAUAAAUGAUUCACAUUUAAAAUGACUGGGAGCAUUCCCACAUCAACAUUUUCAUGUUACGUAUGCGUUUAGUCAGCAUCAUUGUGUAUUUUUUACUUUCAGUAAGUUUUGUCAAGGGCUUCGUAAAUUUUCUUAAAAACUAGGUACCGGGUGGGAACAUAUAUGCAUACAUUUCUUCCUCAAGCACAUUGAAUUAAAAUGUGCUUCUUAGCCUGAUUUUUUAUUGGCCACUUUUAUGUGGCAAUGCAGGUAACAAAUUUUCCUGCCCUGUUUGUUUGUCAUUUUAUCAUAUUUCCUCCAUCAGUUCCAAGACAAUGUGAUUUUAAAGCAAUAUCUCCAGAGUUUUCUCGAAUAUAUGUCCUGUAACUUUGAUGGUGUUUGCUUAUCUAGACUUAGAAUUCAGUAAAUUAACUGUUUUAUUAAUUUUAGAUAAGUAUUUUAGAAGUAACAUUUUUUGUUGUACAAAAGUAAAAAAGUCUGAAUGUGAUAAAUGUAGUUGUAGAUGUAAGUAUGGAAGAUGAAUUAAUAAGUAUUUCUCCAACAUUGCAAUAAAUUAUGUUAGGUAAUUUUCCUUUUGUCUUUCUGUAUGUAUAGCAGAUAUUUCUUACUUAUUUUAAGCCAAAAUAUGGUCUCUUGAAACUGCAGCAUUUUGUUCACUUGCAUUUUUAUGCAGUAAUUAUGUUUUCAUGCUGACUUUUUUGGUGGAAAUGUAAUGUCACUGCCAGUCACUGUGUUUAUGAAUGCAGAUAAUUAAAAUUUUGUAAUUAUGAGAAGAGCAUGACAUUGUUUGUCUCCUGGGUUGCAAAGCCUUGUGGUCUUGAAGGCAGAUACCAGUAUUUCAGAAUAAGAUACUGCCAACAUCUCGCUUCACCUCUGAAGAUGGAAGCAGUAUGUUCCCCAAAAAUGUAGGUAUCUUUCUACAAGUCCACUCAAAUCACAUAUGAAACAGGAGUAGAAUUGAAUUCCUCGUGCAUGUUGGUGUGACUGUUCUCUGGCUCACGAGGGAGAUGGAUUGUCAAGUACAGCCUUAUUAGCAUAUUGUAUUGUAAGACUAUAAAGAUUUUUCUUAAUUUUUUAUAUCUGUCUGACAGGUUAAUCAGAUUUUUAAAAGCUAUUGUGACAUUGGCAGAAUAUUACAGCUAUAUAGCCACUGUUAUUGACUAACUCCAUUGUGUGAGGUUAUAUUUUAUGGAUGCCUCAGCCACACUGCUUUUUUUUUUAGCUUCUUUACAGCUCCAUAAUUCUGAACCAGAGGAGUCCUGAGGUUUGCUGUCAAUUGUUCCAAAUAUAAUGUCCAAACUAUUCCAGGACACAUGCAUACGAUUCAUUAGGCUGUCUGUUAUGCUGAUCAAAUCAACAUCCUUUCUUUUUUCUGAAGUGCAAUGACAAUGAGGUGCCACUGUUUUAACAUUAAUGUAUACUUAGUUCCUAACAUAUAAAUGUUUUGUGUGAUCAUAUCAUGGAAGUUAAUUUGUUGUGUUGAACAUAUUACAAAUUUACUGUUUGGCAGGAACCAUGAUUGUACAAUCCUGCUAAUGACUGGAACUGCGCAUACUCAUAUGUGUAGUUCAUAUUAUAAUACAAUUAUAUUUUGUUUUAAUUCUCUUGUACAUAAUAAUGCCAGUUUCUGGAUAAUGAGAGGCCAUAAACCAUAAAACUUAUUCUGAAUUGCAGCAAGUCAGCUGUUUACAGUAAUUGAGUACAUGGAAUAGACACAGUUUCUGAUACCGAAAGUCAAUAUAAUGAAUAGUGGUUGAUGUUGAUCUUCUGGUUUGUAAUGCUGUGUGGACUUAUUAUAGGUUACUAACAUUUUGGAGGGACAUACUACCUCCAUUUUCAGCCACACUGUGUUGCAACCCAGGAGGCCAACAUCAACAUAAUGUUAAUAUUUUGUGUAAAUCUGUUUGUAUUUCGAUCAGCAGAGUGCCAAAUACAGGUUAAGAUGUAGUUUACGUGAUACAUUGUAAAAUGAGAAUUUUUAAAAGGUACCAAAAUCAUUAAUAAUCUAGUCCAUAGUCAUUUUAUUGCAUGAUAAUUGCUCAUGUUUAUACAUUUGCCUGGAAGCCAGUAUUGAACCACUGAGUAAGUUAUACAAGUUCUUGUGCAAUUCCAAGGUUUACCAACUUCAAUACAUGGAUAUGCGAGAAAAAAUCAAGAAAAUUUAAGAAUGGGGAGCAAUUCGAGAUCUUGUAAGUGCCCAUCUUUGAAAAUGUUCUCAGAGCAAACAAACCAAAACAAUUAAUUUAAGUUUUGGUAAGCAGAGAGUAAUAUUAGAGGGUUGUAAAAGGGCAACUUGAAAAUAAAUUAUAAUGUUCAUGAUGCCAGUAAAAACAUUGCCUGUGUAGAUAAAGCACAUGUUAAAAGAAUGUUUAUUGACAAGAUUAAAAUUACCGUUGAGAUUUCCUAGCUAUAUUGCUGCUGUUUCUGAAUUUAUACCGUGGUGAAGUAGUAGGAUCACUUAAGUAAUCUGGAAGAAUCAACUUUGUAGUUUUAUAGAUGUAUGCAAAGUCUUUGUGUCCAGAUAUUUAACCUUGUUGUCAGAAUCUGGUAUUAAGAACCACAAGUCAGUUGUAAGAGGCAGAAAGUGUAGUGCUAUAUUAUGUGAAUUAUGAAAUUACAUUGUGUAGAUGCAGGACUGACUUCUUAGGAAUUAAGAAUAUUAAAAUUGCAAGACAUUGAUAUUUCAUAUUUUGACAUUUGUACAAGAGUGUUGUAGUACAUAGUGCUUUACCCAUAUCUACUGCAAGUAUGAAAUGUUCUUUACGAAAAUUAAUUUUAAAUAGUAUUUCAUAUUUUAAGAUGUCAUCAGGAGUUAUAUUGAAAUCAUUUUAGAAUUUUCUGCCACUAAGAGAUGCCAUUACCCUUGUAAUAUGUUCUUUUUGUCAAUAUUAUUUUAGGAUAAAGAUUGGAAACCUGACCUUGAUAUAAUUUAAGUGUAUUGGGUUUAAAACUCAUAUAAAUUACAACUAUGAUGCCAAAUCAGAAUGCUUAUGUGAGUGUGCGUAGUUUAUAUACAUACAUAAAUUUAAAGUAGUAUUUAUCAAAAAGGAUGAUUUCCAAUUAAUUUUAUAUGUACUGUUUGUUUAUUAUAGUGAAGGUGUCUGGGGAGAUUCUACAAGAAUUCUAUUUUAUUAAUGUUCUGCUAGGGAGGCACAAUUUAAUGUAAAAAGACGUAACAAUAUCACGUUUGGCAACGUAAGUGAUCACAAGCCUAAAAAGUGAAAAUAAUGCACUGUUGCAUAUUAUAAUAUGCAAUAAAUUCUUUACAUACACAUUAAUGAAAAAUCUGGGCUUAAAAUAAAACUUAUGAACGUAGCUACAGUUGUGCCAAGCAGUUAUUCUGUAUAUAUAUAUGUUCAUAAUUAUAAAAUUAACUAUUUUUGAAGGAAAUCAGUUCAUUUAUAAUUUUAGCCCUUUCAUGUUCAUUCAUAUACUAAAAAUUCUUCUGAAAAAACAGGUGCAUUUUUCACAGAUAUCCAACCAUUCUUGUAGCUCCCCCAAAUUAAAUGCAUAAAAUGUUAUGUAGUGUCUCUGUUUUAUGGCUUGAAAGUCAUGAAUGAUAAUGAUUGAAUGUUUGUGAUGUAUUGUUUAAAUAUGUAAUAAAAUCAUCUCUAGUCACCAUAAGAUUAACAUCUUGCA